CUUUGCGCUUCUCUUCCUUCAACUCCUCCAUCAUGUUGUCCACAGGUGUGCGAGCUCUGGUGACCGGGGCGGCGUCGGGUCUUGGCCGGGCCACGGCUGAACGCAUCGUCGCCUCCGGGGGCAAGGCCGUCAUCUUGGAUUUGCCUUCCAGCAAUGGUGCUGAUGUUGCACAGAGUCUGGGCUCGUCGUGCCACUUUAUCGCGGCUGAUAUCACGUCCGAAGAACAGGUGCAAGAGGCCAUGGCUUUUGCGCAUAAAAAUCUUGGUGCCCCUUUGAACACCGUGGUCAACUGUGCUGGUAUUGCCCCAGCCAUCCGCACCUUUCAUCCCAAGCGUGGUCCUCACGACCUGGAUGCCUUCACCAAGGCCCUCAUGGUCAACACCGUGGGUACCUUCAACGUGUGUCGCCUGGCCGUGCCGGAGAUGCUGAAGAACGAGAUUGAGGGCGAUGCCACCCGUGGUGUGCUGAUCAACACGGCGAGCAUCGCUGGUUAUGAGGGUCAAGUAGGCCAGGUAGCCUACGCUUCGUCCAAGGGCGCCAUCAUUGGCAUGACUUUGCCGAUGGCUCGUGAUUUGGCCAAAUCCCAGAUCCGCGUCAUGACCAUUGCUCCGGGCCUGUUCCUUACACCCCUGCUUGAGGGCCUCGGUGAAAAGGUGUGCAAUGAGCUUGGUUCCACCAUUCCGUACCCAAACCGCCUGGGCAACCCUUCUGAGUUUGCGCUCACUGUGGAGCAAAUCAUCAACAACCCCCUGCUAAAUGGCAGUGUCAUCCGCCUCGAUGGUGCUGCUCGCCUGCCUUGA